AUGGGUAUCAAGGGUUUAACGAAGCUUUUAGCGGACAAUGCCCCAGCAUCCAUGAAGGAGAACAAAUUUGAAAGCUACUUUGGGCGUAAGAUCGCUGUUGAUGCCAGUAUGAGCAUUUACCAGUUUCUUAUUGUUGUGGGAAGAACUGGAGCUGAAAUGCUGACUAAUGAAGCUGGAGAAGUUACUAGUCAUUUGCAAGGAAUGUUUUCGCGGACAAUCAGACUUCUAGAAGCCGGGAUGAAGCCAGUAUAUGUUUUUGAUGGGAAGCCACCGGAGAUGAAAAAUCAAGAGCUGAAAAAACGUCUCUCUAAGAGAGCUGAGGCUCAAGAAGGUUUGUCGGAAGCCAUAGAGGCUGACAAUAAGGAAGACAUUGAAAAAUUCAGUAAACGAACCGUGAAGGUGACAAAGCAACAUAAUGAUGACUGCAAAAAACUAUUAAGACUCAUGGGAGUGCCCGUUGUUGAGGCACCGUCAGAAGCAGAGGCUCAGUGUGCUGCUCUUUGCAAAGCUGGAAAGGUGUAUGCUGUGGCUUCUGAAGAUAUGGAUUCCUUAACGUUUGGAGCUCCUAAAUUUCUUCGCCAUCUAAUGGAUCCUAGCUCAAAGAAGGUUCCAGUAAUGGAAUUUGACAUUGCAAAGAUUUUGGAGGGGCUAGAUCUGACCAUGGACCAAUUUAUUGACUUGUGUAUUCUUUCUGGAUGUGAUUACUGUGACAACAUUCGAGGUAUUGGGGGCCUAACAGCGUUGAAGCUCAUACGCCAACACGGCUCUAUUGAAAACAUACUGGAAAACCUAAGCAAAGAGAGGUACCAGAUACCAGAUGAUUGGCCAUAUCAGGAGGCUCGACAACUUUUUAAAGAACCCUUGGUCUCAACUGAUGAUGAAGAACUUAAUCUUAAGUGGUCUCCUCCAGAUGAAGAAGGGUUAAUAACAUUUCUAGUCAAUGAGAAUGGGUUCAGCAGUGACAGGGUGACAAGGGCAAUAGAGAAAAUUAAAGCGGCAAAGAACAAGUCAUCACAAGGCCGAUUGGAAUCAUUUUUUAAGCCAACUGCAAAUCCAUCUGUACCUAUCAAACGGAAGGAAACACCAGUGAAUGAUGCUAAAGGGGCUAACAAGAAAACUAAGGCUAGUGAUGCUAAAGGGGAUAACAAGAAAACUAAAGCCAGUGGGGGUAGGAAGAAAAAAUAG